AUGGAUUUCAACUGCACCAAGCGACGGAAGACCAACGACGACGCUCCUUCCCUGCCGCCGGCGGCCACUCCGAUGGACCUCCUACCGACGGAGAUCGUACAGGACAUACUUUCCCGCCUGCCCAUCACUUCAUUGGUCCAAUUCCGUUCCGUCUGCCGCUCCUGGCGCGUCCUUGCCGUCGACCCUGAACUCGUAGCUCUGUCCCUCCGCCGCGCCGCUCCCUGCCUCCUCCUCCACUGCGAUUUCCCCAUCCGCAACCAGAUCUACUUCGCCGAUUUGGCCUCCGGGGACAGCAGGGUGAGGAGAAUUCAAGUACCCUUCUGGCCAUCCAUGUCCGAAUUCGAGGUAAUCGGUUCCUGCAACGGCCUGCUCUGCCUCUCCGAUUCGCUCUACGGCGAUGCGCUCUACGUCUACAACCCGUUCGCCGGAAAAUUCACCCAGCUCCCCAAAUCGGAGCACUACGCCGGCCAAGAGGUUGUAUUUGGGUUCGGGUUUCAUCCACGGACCAAGGAGUACAAGGUCAUCAAAAUAGUGUACUACCGGGGCAGGGGCCGGUCCAGUGGGUCGGGUCGACCUGUCGGGUCGCGGAGGAUGAUGUCCGAUGUCCAAAUUCUGACUCUUGGUUCCUCAUCAGGGUGGAGAACGCAGCCCAAAUUCUCUCACCACUUCCUUCGCAGCAAACCGGGCGAGGCUCUGGUGAACGGUCGGCUCCAUUGGGUGACCCGACCCAGGCGGUGCAACCCGGUCCGGCGCCUGAUUUCGUUCGAUUUGGGGGACGAGCAGUUCAGGGAGGUGCCUAAACCGGAUUGUGGCGGAUUGAACCGCUGCAAUCUCUCGCUCGUCGCAGUCAGGGGCUGCCUCGGAGCGGCGGUUUAUUGCAACUACGGGAGGUUGGAGAUUUGGGUGAUGAAAGAGUACAAUGUGAAGGAAUCGUGGGUGAAGGAGCUGAGCAUUGGGGCUUACAUGCCCAAAGGGCUGAAACAGAACGUUGAGAGGUCCUACAAGAUUUGGAGGACUGCCCUUAGCGGGAGGGUCAGGGUUUUGUGCGUCCUGGAAAAUGGGGAGAUUCUUCUCGAGUACAAGAGCAGGGUGUUGGUCUGUUACGAUGGCAACAGUGGGAGGUUUAGGGAUUUGAAACUGCAAGGUUUGCCCAAAUGGUUCCAGGCUAAUGUUGUGGUUGGAUGCUUGAAUUGGAUCGACACCCCGAUUUUGUAA